AUAUCAAUCGAAUAAUGCCGGUUUCUUCUCUCCGUUGCGGAGAUCGAGAACAAAGAAAAUCUUGAGAGAGACAAAAGAUAAGAUCAUAUUCAUUCAACAGAUCAACAAAUUUCAUCAAAAGAUGUGGUGACAAAUCAAACCCACAAAAAGAUAAUCAAGAUCCAAUCUUUAACCCAUCUCCGAUCAUCCACAACCCACCGGAAAACCCACCGAUCAUGGCACGUGGCGGCAGAACAAAGCCCACCACCACCACCGCCGUCGCCGGAGACCCGAUCGGACCACCAGAGCCACGGUACCGCGGCGUUAGAAAGCGGCCGUGGGGUCGAUUCGCCGCAGAAAUCCGUGAUCCAUGGAAGAAAGCGCGUGUGUGGUUAGGCACGUUCAACUCCGCCGAAGACGCGGCGCGUGCCUACGACGCAGCCGCCGUGUCCCUGCGCGGCCCUAAAGCCAAAACAAAUUUUCCGGUAGCACACGAAACCGCCGAUCAUGGAACAAACGAUCGCACAACUCAACACCAACAAAGAUUUAACGAAUUUCAACAUCUUAACAACCGUUCUCGACCGGCGACGAGCAGUAUGAGCAGCACCGUGGAGUCAACGAGUGGCCCACGCGCGUCAAAUCCAGCGCGUGUGACUUUUCCGGCGGCGAAAAUGGCUCCACGCGCCGACGAUGAUUGUCAUAGUAACUGUGAUUCGUCUUCUUCAGUGGUUGAUGAUUAUUAUUUCGACGCUGAUCUGUCAUCAUCUUCGCGCAAACCUCUGCCGUUCGAUCUAAACCUCCCUCCGCCGUUGGAUGAGAUCGGGUGUUUUUCUAAUUCGUUUGAUGGUGAUGAUUCAGGUGACUUAUUCGUCACCGCACUGUGCCUGUAGUUUUUCUCUGAUGACGUGUGAGGAAAAUCAAAAUCUGUGGUAAUUUUUAUAAAAUCAUGAUGUGUUUGAAAUUGAUGAUGCGAUAUGUAGAUUAGCGUAAUUUGAGGACGCUACGCAAUUUAUGUUAUGAUUUUAAAUUUAUAUGUAAUUUCAUCAUCUGGAUCUUGAGUUUUGUUUUAAUCUCUUAAGCCAAUUUGGUUCAGAUU